UUUACUUCGGUGUCUGAAUAUGAGAUGUACUUUUAACGGGAGUACGGGAAAUCAAGACAAGAUGAGUUACUGGGAGGAGACUCCAGCUGGAGACAAUGGGAAACAUUACGAGUGGCAGCUGUUAAAUGGACAUCAGUGGACAUCAAUUAACAACGACCAUGUGAUUGAGACCCACUAUUGCCAACCUGGAGCUAAAGGAAUCACCAUCAACACUACCAAUGGGCAAGUGUUCAUAGACUUUGAUAAGAUGCAGACACUGAAUGCAGCCCAAAAGGUUCAGAGACUAAGCUUUCUACCUCCAGGCCAGACUGAGGACAUAGGAUGGUACUUCAGAGAUGACCAGCUGUGGCGUGAAUAUGGAUCCCAGGGCUUGGGUACGCUGGCCUCCUCAGUCACCAGUAAAGAUGUGGAGUACCAGUUUUCUCUAAACCCUCGGGGAACCUUUAACUUCAUAGUGGGCACUACAAGCUACAGACUUGACUACUCCACCAUGACCCAAACAAAUUGCAUCACAGGCCUGCGCAGGAAUGUCCGCAGACGUCCAAAAUUCACUUCCAAUACAGCGAGCCUUUCCUCCGCCUCAGUUCUUCCAAAAGCUUCCUCCCCUCAGCUCACUGAUGGAGGCUACAAGUGGGAGUUCAUGGGAGAGGAGGGUCAAUGGACUGAGUACCAAGCAUAUAUUUGUGCAUUUGACAGCGCUGAUAUUGAAGCACAAUACCAGCAGAACCCGCGUGCCCAGCUACAAUUCAGGAUCAAUAGGUUCACCUAUACGCUGGAUUUUUCAAGAAUGUGUCAAAUCAACAACACAAUCGGGACUACAAGAGCAGUGAGGAGGACUGCAGACUAUGAGAGUGAACAGAACAGCAGAUCAGGUACAUCGGCACGUUGGCAGUUCAAAGAUGUCAAUGGAAUAUGGAAAGAUUAUUCUAAUGGAAAAUCUAGCGUUUCCAGUCAGGAUAUUGAGCUCCACUACCAACAAUACCCGUCGGGCACUAUGAGAUUUACCACAAAGAGCUUCGGCUAUGAACUUAACUUCUCAGUAAUGACUCAGAUGAACCUGUCCACUACAACCACCAGACGAGUACGAAGACUUAACCAGUGACUGAGACUACGACAGAUCAUGUUUGUUUUACCAAUCAAUCAGAAAAGCCUCUGACCUCACUGCCUCAGGUUGUCAUAUUGAAAUGAUUUAAUAGCAUUUCUCAAGUGUUUCUUCCUGUCUUUGCUGACAAUCUCACUGUAAAUAACAGUGAUUUUAACAUUUAAUAUAAGAUUUGGAAAUAUUCUUUACAUUAUCACUGCAGUGCUCUACAAAAGUAGGUUUGUUAUGAAAGCACUUUAAAAUAACAAUAAGUUAUAUUUUUAAAAAUGUUAAAUUUUUAACCUUCUAACCAAAGAAUGUUUACCAAUAUUUCAUAUAACACUGCCUCUUUUCUGUGCAUGCAGUGAUCAGUUACAUGAAAGUUAAAAUGUUCCUCCAAACUGCUUUGUCAUGACUGCACUUCUCUUUUCAACAAGAUACCUCUUUUGACCUAAAACCAAAAGGAAGUUUAGCUUUUAGGUUUCCUGUAACCCUGCCUCACUCAAACACAGGCAACUUUAAAAUUUCCAUUGGUACUGCCAUGUAAUCUGUUUUUCUUGUCUAAAUUACAGCUACUUGUGUCCCACUGUCUGA